AUGUCUUGGAAAAACGAAAGACCUCUGUCAACUGCUGAACUCUUAGCCAUAUUAGAAGAAGAUGAGGAUUUAUUUCAGACUGAUUCCGUUGAUGCCGUGUAUAUUCCGCCACCUGUAGACGAAGUCACAGACGAAGAAGAGCUUGAUGACGACUUACGUGAAAAUGUGAUAAAUUUACCAGAUGUCGCGGGAACUUAUGAAAUACAUGCAAGUUUACCUAAUUCUUCUGAAGAUUUGGACAGUGAAUUAUUACCAUCAAGUUCAAUAAAAUCAAAGGUUAGUAAAAAAAACAUAAAUAAGUCAAAGACAGCUCUUCCAAAGUGGAAGAAAGAGGUUCCAGUUGACGAUGUUUGGGAAAAAAUAAUUUCUUAUACAAAAAAAUAUGCUUGUGAUAAAAAUCGGCAUUCAUUUAUAAUUGACAAAACUAGCCUAAAGCGUUUUUUUGGUAUACUUAUUUUUUCGGGGUAUCAUACGUUACCAGCUACAAAACUAUAUUGGUCUAAAGACGAGGAUAAAGGAAUACCAUUAGUUAGAAACAGUAUGAGUAGGAACAGAUUCGAUUCCAUAAAGCAAAACUUACAUUUAUCAGAUAACGACCAACUCGAUAAAAAUGACAGAUUUUCAAAACUAAGACCUCUUUUUGAUUUAAUAAAUGAAAAAAAUAUGCAGUUUGGAGUAUUUUCUCAUAACCUAUCAAUCGAUGAGGAGAUGGUGCCAUAUUUUGGACGACAUAGAUGUAAGAUGUUUAUCAAGGGAAAACCAAUCAGAUUUGGCUUCAAAUUAUGGUGUCUCUGUAGUUCCAAUGGUUACUUAUACAAAUGUAUACCUUAUGGUGGGAAAACAAGCACUUAUAAUAAUGAAUUAGGUUUAGGAGCAAAUGUUGUACUAGAGCUAUUGUCAGUUGUUCAGCACCCAUCUCUUCAUCGCGUAUUUUUUGACAAUUUCUUUUCAUCAUACAAAUUAUUCUGUUUACUGAAAGAAAGAGGGUUUUACGCUACUGGAACAAUACGUGAAAAUCGUACAUGUAAUAACACGAUAGAAACUGUAAAAAAUUUGAAGAAAAAAGAUCGUGGUACUUAUGAUUUUUCUUUUGAAAAUAAUCAAAAAAUAUUGUUGGUCAGAUGGAACGACAAUUCUGUGGUGACUGUUGUCACUAAUAACAGUACUAUUGAACCUCUUGUGGGCGCAAAACGGUACAACAGAAAAGAAAAAAAGGCUGUUUCAAUUUCUCAACCAAAAGUUAUAGCUGAGUAUAAUCAACAUAUGGGAGGUGUUGAUUUGCAUGACAACGGAAUAUGUAAUUACAGAAUCAACGUAAAAGGAAAAAAGUGGUGGUGGCCCCUCUUUGUAAAUUUGAUCGACAGUGUAAUUGUAAAUGCCUGGAAAGUACACAAUUUAGCAAACAAAUCAAAAAUGUCACAGUUAGAUUUUAAGUCUUACAUAGCAGUCGCUCUUAUGAAAAUGAAUGAACCAGCCCCUGAAAAUAAUAUUCAAGACCAAGAUACUUCGGGACCAAGUAACCAAAUAAACUUGUCUUUCAAUCCAAAUUAUGGGCGACCAUCUAAAAGCGCAUUACCCGUAGAAAUUCGAGUUGAUAAUUUCGGUCACGUGAUAGUAGAAGAUAAAAAUAAAGCAAGAAGACGAUGUAGACAGUGUAAAAGCACCACUAUAUACAAGUGUGUCAAGUGUCAACAAUUUGGAACACAGGUGGACUGCAAUGUGCUUUUACCGCCUGCGUUCGAAUUGGGUGGUGAAUGGUUUGCCGUUCUGCCAAAUAUUCAAGAAAUUAAAAAACCACAAAGGCUUAAACCGACCAUGUCCUGGACACGGUCGUAA